AUGAUGAAUGGAUUUAAACAUGGGUGUAGAUCAUUUCUAGGGGUUGAUGGUUGCUUUCUAAAAGGAUCAUUUGGUGGGCAUUUGCUAUCAGCUGUGGCCUGUGAUGGAAAUGACCAAAUGUUUCCUGUUGCAUUUGCAGUUGUGGAGGCUGAAACAAAAGAAUCAUGGCAUUGGUUCAUGGAGGUGUUGAUGGAUGUUAUUGGCUCUCCUUAUGACAUUACUUUCAUGUCAGAUAGGCAGAAAGGUUUGCUAGACACCUUUGAUAAUAUCUUGUAUGGGGCUGAUCAUAGAUUUUGUGUAAGACAUCUCUAUGAAAAUUUUAAGUUGAAAUAUAAGGGCCAAAAUCUAAAAAAUGCCAUAUGGGAAGCAGCUCAAUCAUUCACGGAUGCUGAAUUUGAUAAGCAUAUGAAGAAGAUCAAUGACAUGAAUGUUGAAGCUGUUGAAUGGCUGAAAAAGGUGCCACCUAAGGUUUGGUCAAGGUCCAAAUUUAGUAAUAGGUCAAAAUGUGCUUUGGUUUUUAACAAUAUGUGUGAGUCUUGGAAUGCAGUCAUCCUUCCUGCAAGAGACAAGCCUAUUCUGUACAUGUUGGAGUGGAUUAGAAGACAUUUGAUGUUGAGGUUCGAAAAUAAGAGGCAGUGGAUUAAUUCAAGCAAUGGGUUGAUAUGUCCAGCAAUUGAGAAGGAAUUGAACAAGAGGAAAGUAGAAGCAAGAAUGUGUACAGUCAAGUAUGAUGGGUAUGAGAAAUAUGAUGUGCAGUGUAGAGGAAUUGGUGAUACAGUGAACAUUGCUGAGAAAACAUGCAGUUGUAGGCAAUGA